AUGCGCCUCGAAUCGCUCCUUUGGCUCCCUGCCGCCUUGGCCGCCUCAGUAACCUUCUUGGUCCCUUCCUCGCCAGCCCUUCCAAACCCGUACACUCUCCCGCCCUCGACCCGCGCGACGCUCUCCACUCUCUCCGAGUCCUUCUCCGCGCCGCUGUCUGUCCAGAACACAUUCGUAUUCAACAACGUCACCGCGCCGGGCUCGUACCUUGUCGAUGUCCACUGCGCGACGCACGCAUUUGCGCCCGUCCGCCUGGACGUCGCCGCUGACGGAAGUCUGUCAGCGUGGGAGACGUACCGAGGCAACGACUGGGACAACAAGGGUGAAGUGUACGCCUCCAAGGAGUUCACGAACGGCGCCAAGGGCUUCGAGCUGCGGGUCUUGGGUGGUAAGAACUACUUCGUCGAGAGGAGCAAGUUCUCCGUCUUCACCAUCCUCAAGAACCCCAUGAUCCUCCUCGGCCUCGUUAGCAUGGGAAUAUUCAUCGGAAUGCCCUACCUCGUCGACAACAUGGACCCUGAAAUGCGCGCCGAGUUCGAAGAGCGUCAGAAGAGCAACCCAAUGAACUCCCUCCUCGGCGGCGGUGGAGCUCAGCCCGGCGCGAACCCGAUGGGCAACUUCGACAUGGCUGCUUUCCUCGCGGGAUCCGGCAGCAACAACGGUAACAAAAACGAGGGCUCUGGCUCCGGCUCGUCGAAUGGCGGCGGCAAUGGCAAGAAAGAGAAGGCGGUGCGGAGGUAA